UUUUCUCCCCUCUCGGCCCCCUCAUCUCCCAAAAGGCUCACGAAACCUUUGUUUCUUUCCCACAAACUCUUCAUCACCACCUCCAUCCUUUCAACUCUCUUCUCCGUAGCACCCAUCACAAAUGGAGUUAUCAAAACGUAGUCACAGAUUCUUCAAGUUCAGAGCCCCACACCCUCAGAAAACCUUCAUUCCUCACCCUCUCUAAACUUUGGAUGUUCCCAUAAUAUCCUUGUGGCAGGCCAAAUUAAAAGUCCACACCUAGCAGAUUAGAAACACCCGCCACUAGCCAAAUUCCCCUAGAAAAUUCUCCUGAAGGGAUAGACAAGAGGAGAAAACGAUCUAUAUACCUUUGUCCAUCCCACUUUUCCCAUUCCACGCUCUUGUGGUUCACAUCAAUGAUCGGAAGGUGCUUCGACUUCUCACGUGCCGCGGUCGUCAAGAUGGCUUGGAUCAUGCUAUGGAUAGACUACUCGAGGCUUUUCUGGCUCCUGUUUGGUGUCUUCUCCUACGAGAACCAUGAAGGAAAGCCUCGGAUUUAGCAAACUUUCUGCUCCUAGCUACAGAACUUGACGCUUCCUGAUAGGUGAUCCGAUCACUCGGGAGCUGCUUUUAGUUUUAGAUUUUUUUUUUUUUGGCUUUCUUCUAAGGUGCAAGAGUUUUGAUAUAUAAGCUAACAUGUAUGAGUCCCGGCGACGGGAACGGGCCGAGAGGGCCGCCGAAGAGAAUGGGUACGUCGAGAUCGAUCCCACCGGUCGAUAUGGACGUUUCGAUGAGGUACUUGGGAAAGGAGCCAUGAAGAUAGUCUACAGAGCAUUUGAUGAGCUAAAUGGGAUGGAGGUGGCAUGGAACCAGGCCAAGAUCUGCGAUGUGCUGCGGUCCCCGGAUGCACUGCAGCGCAUGUACUCCGAGGUCCACCUACUCAGCACCCUCCACCAUGAAUCCAUCAUCAGAUUCCAUGCCUCAUGGAUCGAUGUCGAAAAGAGGACCUUCAACUUCAUCACCGAGAUGUUCACCUCCGGCACCCUUCGUGAGUACCGACAAAGAUAUCGACGGGUUGACAUCAGAGCCGUCAAGAAUUGGGCCCGCCAGAUCUUGCAUGGUCUUGUAUACUUACAUGGCCAUGAUCCUCCAGUGAUACACAGAGACCUCAAAUGUGACAACAUCUUUGUCAAUGGUCAUUUAGGGCAGGUCAAGAUCGGUGAUCUUGGGUUAGCAGCUGUUCUUCGGGGAUCACAAUCUGCGCACAGUGUUAUAGGGACGCCCGAGUUCAUGGCACCAGAGCUCUACGAAGAGGAUUACAAUGAACUCGCCGACGUAUACUCCUUUGGUAUGUGCAUGCUCGAAAUGCUUACCUCCGAGUACCCCUAUAGCGAGUGUCGCAACCCUGCCCAAAUAUACAAGAAAGUCACUUCGGGUAAGCUGCCUGAUGCCUUCUACCGGAUCCAAGAUCCCGAGGCCCGGCGUUUCAUCGGUAGGUGUCUGGAAACUGCAUCGAAGAGGUCAUCGGCCAAGAAGCUGCUUCUCGAUCCCUUUCUCGCAUCCGAUGACCGUAAUUCUCUCCUGCCUCAAAACGCUCCAACAAUCCAGGCCAUUGGACUUGAAGGUCAGGCUCACCAUGCAGCAGAGAGUCACAACCCUGAGCACACAAAGAGGAGAACUGACAUGACGAUUACUGGGAAGAUGAAUCCAGAAGAUGAUACGAUCUUCCUCAAAGUUCAAAUAGCCGACAAAGAAGGUCAUAUGAGGAACAUAUAUUUUCCAUUUGAUAUCGUUACCGACACGCCGAUCGAUGUGGCUAAUGAGAUGGUCAAGGAGUUGGAGAUAACCGAUCGAGAGCCUUCAGAGAUAGCAGAGAUGAUAGCUCAAGAGAUCUCCAUUUUGGUGCCGGGUUGGAAGGAAGGAGAUCUGCACGAGGGUAGCCAUUAUGCGUAUAGCUAUGGGGAUGAUGAUGAGGAUGGAUGCAAUCACCCUUUCUACUAUCUGUCCUCUCCUACUUCCUCCCAUGGAUCAUUCUUUGGGAUGGCUCCUUCUCCGGGGUCAUUUCAUCGGCAGCGCCAGUCUCACCAAGAAGAUUGGUUUGGAGAUGAUCCAUACUUUGAUGAUGACGACAAGAGCUCCAUGCACUCUAGUAAGUAUUCUGCUGUGAACUACAUCUCAGGUAAUGAACAUGAAGGCGAUGGAAGCUGCCAUCAAAGAGAAACUCAGCCAAUCCAGAACAGCCACAAGUCGACAAGGUUUUGUUCCGGAGAAGGCCCUCCAGUUGAUACCUCUCUGGCUACCAAGUUCCACCAGCAAUGUAACGUAUUGCUAGAGUCCUCUAGAGCUUCCAGCUCUCGAGCGGGCAAGAGGCCGGUCGAUGGCCGCUGUAUGAUGAGGAACCGUUCGAUGGUUGACAUACGGAGCCAACUGCUGCACCGGACCUUGGUGGAGGAGGUGAAUAAGAGGCUAUUUAAGACUGUUGGAGCGGUCGAAAACAUAGGCUUCCAGGAUCCAACAGAAGGCUACGGCAAGACUACAUCAUCCUCAAGGAGAGACCAUACGAAGCAAAAAGCAAAGCCAAGAACGGGGAAGGGUUAAAAAUUUAUGUUGGUCUGUUAGCUCGGGUUGUGAUGAUAUGGUGUCGUGAUAUUUAAAGUUGACACCUGAGCUGGACCUUGCCAUGUACAAUUGUGGAUAUUAGUAAUCCUCUUAUGGGCCAGUGAUGAAAAUCUAGUCAGAGAAAGUUCUGCUUGCUUAUUAUAGCAUCGAACAUUUUUGCAGUGUCUGAAGAAACAAGUCUAUAUGCUCAAUUACUCUCUUGUAAGCAAAGUUUUCGUUGCUUACUAUAGCAUCGAU